AACUCUACCCGCACCGGGUAGUGACACCGACCUCCAACCGGAACGAACCGAACGGCGUUUAAAACAAAAAAAUCCCGGUUCUUGCUACACUUGCUCUCGCCUUGUUUAAUGAGUGUUUUUAGCGGCUCGGCGGUCACUUUUCGCGGUAGAAUAGAUAUCCGAUAACGUUAAUUAAAGCGAAAUAACGGACACGGUUUUUUUGGGGGUGUGUGGGGGAGACCGGGGGAAAUGUACGGUUAGUACUAACCUGCUGUCUUUUUGAGGAGGGCGUCCAUCCAACACAAGCGCUGCGGUUUCUCCUCAAAGAGGCGAGGAAUGCAACCUGAGCAUCGAUGUUUCACUGGGGCAAGUGGAAGAAGAGGAUGGGAGUCAAUAGUUCUUCAAAGAGGCCCGUUUUCGACGAAAAGGAAGAUGUGAACUUUGACCACUUCCAGAUCUUGCGAGCCAUCGGCAAAGGGAGCUUCGGAAAGGUAUGCAUUGUGCAAAAGAGGGACACCGAGAAGAUGUACGCCAUGAAGUACAUGAACAAGCAGCAGUGCAUCGAGAGAGAUGAGGUCCGAAACGUCUUUAGAGAGCUUGAGAUCCUACAGGAAAUUGAACAUGUUUUUUUAGUAAAUCUCUGGUACUCCUUCCAGGAUGAGGAGGACAUGUUCAUGGUGGUGGACCUCCUGCUGGGAGGAGAUCUGCGCUACCACCUGCAGCAGAACGUCCAGUUCAGCGAAGACGCCGUGAAGCUCUACCUGUGUGAGAUGACGCUGGCGCUCGACUACCUGCAGAACCAGCACAUCAUCCACAGAGAUGUGAAGCCGGACAAUAUCCUCUUGGAUGAGCAAGGUCACGCUCACCUGACGGAUUUCAACAUAGCGACAAUAAUAAAGGACGGAGAGAGAGCCACCGCCUUAGCUGGAACCAAGCCCUACAUGGCCCCAGAGAUCUUCCAGUCGUUCGUCAGCGGGGGGACGGGCUACACCUUCGAUGUGGACUGGUGGUCACUCGGGGUGACGAUCUUCGAAGUGCUGCGUGGAUGGAGGCCCUAUGACAUCCACGCCAGUAACUCGGUGGAGUCCCUUAUCCAGCUCUUCAGUACCAUCAGCGUCCAGUACAGCCCGGCCUGGCCCAAGGACCUGGUUUCCCUCUUGAGGAAGCUUCUCACGGUGGACCCAGAACAUCGUUUUUCCAGCCUGUCUGACAUGCAGGCGUCGGCCUACCUCGCUGACGUCAACUGGGACGCCGUGUGCGAGAAGACGAUGGAGGCCGGAUUUGUUCCUAAUAAAGGCCGCCUCCACUGUGACCCCACCUUUGAGCUGGAGGAGAUGAUCCUGGAGUCGCGUCCCCUGCACAAGAAGAAGAAGAGGCUGGCCAAGAACCGGUCCCGUGACAACAGCAAGGACUCUCAGUCCGAGAAUGACUACCUCCAGGAGUGCCUCGACGUGGUGCAGCAGGAGUUUAUGAUCUUCAACCGGGAGAAGUUCAAACGGCGUCAGGAGGAGGGGGGCCCGUCGGACGAUGGCAAUGGCGGCGGCGAUGGCGGCGGCGACGACGGGGAGGCUGGGGCCACCAACGAGGACGCCGCGCCCGAGCCGGAACCCGAUCCCGAACCGGAGCCCGAGUCCUCCUCCAAGCGGAGCAUGUGCGGCUCGGUGUGCUCGUCCCCCGGCAGCUGCUAGCGCCGCACUGCCUCGACCCCUCCCCCCGCCCCUCUGUCGUAGCCCGGAGCCGAGGGAACGCACGGCACAGGCGACUGGCGCACGGCACAGGACCCAAAAUGGCCUCCCGCCAUUCCUUUUCCCUUUUCCGUAGCAUCCCUCCCCGACCGGGGCGUGAGUGAAGGCGGUUUCCACGGAGAUGUCGUUGUUGCCCCGCCCCGAGAGUAAGCUCUUAACUUCUAUGCAACGUUACGAUAUAGCAUGACGAAUAAGGCAUCGCUCGCCACGAGGCUUCAUCCCGAGCAGCGGGGGCUCCGUGCGGUCGCUGGUUUUUGGAUCGAGAUGCUUCGACUGAAUUAUUCCGCUCGCGCAGCGGGAUCUCGCUCCAUGGCGUCUUCGGGCGGCUCGAGCCUCUCCUCGCCCGAUUCAGGACGUUUUGCUUCUUCCUGUCGCUGCCGACACGAGUCAUCAGUUAAUCACACUGUAACCAAAAUGUUAAGUUUUAGAUUUGUACCUCUUUAACAGGGUUCGUACGGUCAUGGAAAACCUGGAAUAGUCCCGGAUUUUCUUUUUUAAAUGGUUAAUUUCCAGGCCUGGAAAAGUUCUGGAGAGAAAAAAAAGUAUCCCAAAAGUUUUGGAAAAGUCAUGAA